CACGUGGCCGCAUUUUACGUAAGCAACGGUUGACCACACCGCUAUGUGUGUAUCACUAGUCACUCUAUCUUCACCGCAAAAAAAUGUUUAGAAAUAGGAGCUGGGACGCAAUUUAGUCUACAAUAAUAGGAUAACAGAUUCAAUCUCAAUAUGUCGCUUCAGCAGCCGGAGGUGGAGACCGCCUCGGACGACGAAGGAGAGGGCGUAUUCUUCAUUGAGACCGACUCAGAGAGCGAGUGGAAAGAUGAAGAUCAAAUCGACAACCGGGAACUUAUUCUACAGAAAGCCGAUGCUUUGGCGUCCGAGAACCGUCUCAAAGAAGCCAUCGAUUACUACACCAUGGUCAUGCGCGACGGGGCGGUGCGCCCGGAGCAGCUCAGCACUUUUGUGGACUGUGUCCUGCGGAACUUCAAGAGGAACGUCUCGGAGCCAGAGGAGGAACCCGGGUCAGGCGAGGACAUCCCUAUGUUUGACUGUCCCAGUUGUCAUAGUUUUCUCGGUGAACCGGUGACUCUGUCGUGUGGACACUCGUACUGCAGGCGGUGUACUGAUCACAGCCAACUCUCCAAAUGCAAGCUGUGCGGAGAGCCAGUGCACUGGACACACGCGCCCGACCAGCAGCUCAAAGUGAAUGUCAUUCUUAGUGGACUCUUGGACAAAUUCUUCCCCGAGGAUCUUAAAACGUAUAAAACAAUAUGUGAAAUCCAGGAACUGACCACCAGGAGAUGCUUUAAGGAAGCUGUGUCGCUGGCAUCAGACGUUAUACAACCAGGUUCCGAGGUGGCGUCGGUGGAGGUGAAGGGGGCAUCAGAGGAGGUGGCGUCGGUGGAGGUGAAGGGGGCAUCAGAGGAGGUGGCGUCGGUGGAGGUGAAGGGGGCGUCUGUGGAGGCUGGGUCUUUCGAGGAGGUGUCGGUGGAGGUGGCAAUCGCGGCGAGGUUGUGUCGGGCGGAGGCGUACACGGGUCUCAAACAGUACCGUCUCGCCAUGGAGGACACGGAAUUCUGCCUCACAGCAAGACGCUCAGCAGAGGGAUUCUUCCAGAAGGCCAUGGUGCUUCACGCCAUGGGACAGACGGACGAGUCCCUUCAGGUCUUCCUCCAAUGCCUGGCGAUGGACGACAACUUCACCAGGGCCAGAAGCCAAGUAGAAAUGAUCCUGUGUGACCUGCUCUCUCCGGCCGGGGAGACGGUGAAGGAGGGCCUGAGGGCGACCACGCAGAGCCACGCCUCGCCACACAUCCGCGCCAAAACCCUCGCCAACGCCACCUCCGACGCCGACUCUCGCGGAACGCACAACGAGCCGGAGCGAACCGGCCCGGCGAACCCCUGUCACCUGACCCGCGCUGCCUCGCUGCACAACGCCACAGAGAAGACUGACGAGCCGCCGGAGAGCGUGGAGCGUGCCGCUCUGAGCCGGACCAACUCGCUCUGCGGCCACGCGGCCGGCCUCGGGGGGGAGGGGCUGAAGCGCGUGUGGUCCGCCCCCCAGCUGGGGGACCAGGACCGGGCCGGGCUGCUGAAGAGGAAGCUGUCGGUGUCGGGGGCGGGGCCAGGGCUGCGGAGCGUCGGGGGGAGCAAGCAGAAGAGACAAGGAGGUGAGCAGAGUGAGGCGCACCGGGGCCAGGUGUCCUCCUGCUCCCCGGCCAGGAGGUCGAUCCCCCAGGGCCAGCCCAAGUCCAGUGACCUGGAGUGUGCCCUCUGCAUCAGAUUGUUCUACGAGCCCGUCACCACGCCCUGCGGACACACCUUCUGUAAGAGCUGUCUGGAGCGCUGCCUGGACCACACGCCCCAGUGUCCCCUCUGCAAGGAGAGCCUGAAGGAGUACCUGGCGUGCAGGAAGUACGUUGUGACCCGGGUGCUGGAUGACCUCAUCAGGGAGCGGCUGGGGGAGGAGCACAAGGAGAGGAGCAAGACCAACCUCGAGGAGACGCAGGAGCUGUCCGACCUGACCCGCAGCGUGCCCAUCUUCGUGUGCACCAUGGCCUACCCCACGGUGCCAUGUCCGCUGCACGUGUUCGAGCCCCGGUACCGCCUGAUGAUCCGCCGCUGCAUGGACACCGGCACGCGCCAGUUUGGCAUGUGCAUCAGUGACCCCACCCAAGGGUUCGUGGACCACGGCUGCAUGCUGAUCAUCCGGAGCGUCCACUUCCUGCCCGACGGCCGCUCCGUGGUGGACACCAUCGGGGGGAAGCGGUUCCGGGUGUUGUCCCGGGGGAUGCGGGACGGCUACAGCAUUGCGGACAUCGAGCACCUGGAGGACACCCGGGUAGAGGACGGCGAGGAGCUGGUCCGGCUGCAGCGGCUCCAUGACGGCGUGUACGACCAGGCGGUCAGGUGGUUCCAGAACCUCAAGGUGCGCUUCCACAACCAGAUCCUCCAGCACUUCGGACCCAUGCCUGCCCGCGAGGCCGACAUCCAGGCGACCCCCAACGGUCCCGCCUGCUGCUGGUGGCUCCUGGCCGUGCUGCCCAUCGACCCGCGCCACCAGCUCUCGGUCCUGGCCAUGACCAGCCUCCGGGAGCGGCUGCAGAAGAUCCAGCACAUCCUCACCUACCUGCAGAGCGUCCCCGACAGCUAGAGCGCAACGCUCCUCCACGUGCUCCUCCUCCUCCUCCCCUAAAGACUCUUCCUCUCCACUCCCCUUCCUCCCCUCCUUUUCUUCUUCCCGUAUGCGCCAGCUCAUCCUCGUCUCCUUUUCUCUUCCUCAUUUUCUCGUCCUGCUCCUUUCAUCUCCUCCUUCUUCUCCCCUAAUCCUCAGCCUCCCCUCUCUCCUCUCCUCAUUCUCCCACUCCUUCUCCUCUCCUCAUUCCCCCACUCCAUCUCCCCCUCCUCCUCGCCUCAUUCUCCAUCUCCUCCUCUCCUUUCCUCAACUCAUUCUCCAUCUCCUUCUCCUCUCCUCAUUCUCCAUCUCCUUCUCCUCUCCUCAUUCUCCAUCUCCUCCUCCUCUCCUCAUUCUCCAUCCCCUUCUCCUAAUUCUCCAUCUCUCCUCAUUCUCCUUAUUGUCCUCAUUCUCCAUCUCCUCCUCUCCUCAUUCUCCUCGUUCUCCAUGACCUCCUCCUCUCCUCAUUCUCCAUCUCCUCAUUCUCCUCGUUCUCCAUGUCCUCCUCCUCUCCUCUCCUCAUACUCCAUCUCCUCUCCCUCCCAAGGCACAUCCAUCUAACCUACUUAUCUACCAGUUGCCAAAUGACUUAAUUUGUUGUUUUUGCUGCUUACCUCGAGCAACGUGCUUCCUGUUGAUUUGAACACUCGUACGCUGGCUUCCGACGCAGAAUGUGAACUUUUCCGUUAAUGGUUGGGAAAACCACGUUGGCACUUAUUUAAAAGACUGAACAAUCGCUGCUCUGGAAAUGUGACACGACAACAGACAGAAGAAGCCUGGAUUGAGGGCAGAGAAAUCUCAGGGACACCAUCACCCCCACGAGACAACACAUGUGUUCAUUUAACCUUGGCUGUCCUUGCAACGCUGCCUUCCUCCUCCUUUGUCGAUUUUAACCAAUCCCACGGCCAUAGAGUGCUUUAUAAGGAAUUGUAAACCAAUGAACACGCAGGUUACAUAGACAAGUCUUCUGAAUUUUGGAGGUUGGAAAUUAAGUGUUGAUGAUUUGAUACGAAAAAGGAAAGAAGAUUUAGUAAGAGAUCAAUGAUGUUUUAUGAUAUGGAAAUUAUUUGUGCCGAAUCCAGCCUGAUGUAUACAGUCUGAGCUUAAAGAAAGUCCAUACAUGGUUAUUUUGAAAUUUUAAGUCACACUGUUCUUUUCCACUUUUUUAUUUACACGGCACCCUUCACAUCUAGUCCUGCAUGUCAACGUGGACAAGAGUCGCCGGGCAAUGCUUGAAUGAAACGAGGCCAUAAGGCCUCAUUUAUUCACUCAUAUUGCUUUUCUUCCAAUUGUUUGGAACAAGAUGCACAUUUUGUUUCCCACUUUAAAUCCAAUACGGACACAAUCAGCCUCAAAUUACACAAAUAUUCUUUCUUCCAGUUCAUCCCCUGCUUCCAAAUGUCGUUCGUCAAAUGAUGUUGGUAGCCUAGGCCUGUUCCACUAUGCUAGUUAUUGAGCGUGAUUCGUUUUCUUUCAGUGUGGAGAUUAGAGUUGAGGGUUGCUAUUGUUGUAUUUUAUUUAUCUCAUGUGUGUAUCCUCUCCCAAAGAUUCAGCAAUCUUUGUUGGUAAUGUUGACUACAAUAUUCAUGUUAAAACGCACAUUCAUACAGUGGCAUACGGAAAAGUAGCACUGAGCUGUCUCUUACGGUCUAAACACUUUGUUGUAGACGAAGGAUGAGAGUGAUUUGAACCAAGUCCCUCUUGACUUGAUGGUAGUUAUUUAAGAUCCAAAGGAGGCAAAUUGAGAAUGCCCUUAAAAGGUAUUACCAUUUAAACACUAAUUCAAAGUUAUGUGUCCAAUAAUAAAUGCACUUCUUUUUCAA